UACGGCACUUCCGGUAUUGCUGUUGGCGGGUAGACGGGGUUUGCAAGCCGUGCUGCAGAGUGCUGAAGCUAUUGUAAUAUUUAGCACAAAGCUUUUUGGAUGGACAAAGAACCCAAACACUAGUAAAACCUUGAGUAGCUUGUUGGUCACAACAACUGGAGAUCGGUCUGUUAUUAAAUUAAAACAGACCCGAAAUCACUAGUUGGUUAAUUGACCCUUGCGAGAAGCUAAUUCAAGAAGUUUUCAUCGUAACGACUUUUUCAUUUCACGUCAAGCUGGCGACUGUAGCAGUAAAGAAGGGCAAUAUGGAGGAGGAGAAGGAGCAGGAGCAGCAGCAGCAGCCGGCGCCGCCCGUAGUGCCUGAAACGCCAACAGCAACCACAGAAGCAACAGCAACACCAGAGGAGGAAGAGGAGGAAGAAUAUGUGGUUGAGAAGGUUUUGGACCGUAGAGUGAUGAAGGGCAAAGUGGAGUUUCUACUGAAAUGGAAGGGUUUCUCAAAUGAAGACAAUACAUGGGAACCAGAAGACAAUUUGGACUGUCCAGACCUUAUUGCAGAAUUCAUGCGGAAGUACAAAGAGAAGGAGGAAAAAAAGAAGGAUGGCAAAAGAAAAGUCACCGGUGAGGCUGUCGGCGGUCCAGAAGACAAAGGGAGCAAAAAGAAGAAGGAGGAGGGUGAGAAAGUCAGAGGUUUUGGGAGAGGUCUGCAGCCAGAAAGAAUUAUUGGUGCGACAGACUCAAGUGGCGAGCUGAUGUUUCUGAUGAAAUGGAAGAACUCCGAUGAAGCUGACCUCGUCCCAGCCAAAGAAGCCAACAUCACUUGCCCACAGGUGGUCAUCUCUUUCUAUGAGGAGCGUCUCACAUGGCACUCUUAUCCUGCAGAGGAAGAGGACAAGAAGGAGGAGGAGAAAAAAGACUAGAUAAGUGGAUGUAUAUGCAAGAGAGAAAGUGAGGAGGUGCAGGGUUGUAAUUAAAAGUACAGUACAUACACAUGUAAUAGCUUAGUUUACUGCAAUGGACCCAAGUGCAAAAACUCCAAGGAGUGGGGUGUUAAUUGCCAUUAAAUGUUUUUCCUGUGUUGUGAUACAUACAUCGUUUUAUUAAAAUACUCCAACUUGCAUUAUGAUUAAUAUUUUUAAACAUAUGUCAUCCAAUAAAUGAUGUAGUGUUCUGCUUUCUUGCCAUGGGUUGAGUGUAGGGCAAAUUUGGUUUUGCAGUGAAACAAUCAAAAUCUUACAUAGUAUGCGCAAAGCUAUCAGUUCAUCUUGACUGAGUUGUGGCAAGGAUGCAUUUAAAUAAUGAUGGCAGACAUGUAAUGGAUGGCUGCAAAAGUCAAUUCAAGCUUUUUCACAACAUAAAUUACACUUGUCCCAGUACCACCAACUACUUUGUCCUCUUUUUGUACUUACAACGGUCAUUUAUGUAAGUCUUGUGACCUGUGGGAACUCAACUAAGCUUUACUGUACUGAUUUUUCACCCAAUAAGGUGCUGUAAUGUAAUCAUAUUUGUUGGGAUAAUGUGAAGUUAGUCUUGUUGAUGUCAAAACUUAUGCAACAAAUUUGUUGUUGAACCUCAAAAGGCCAAGUUUUUAAAUCGAGUCACAAUUUUGAAUAAAUGAUGCAAUACUUCCCACUUUUAUUUGCAAAGUCUGAAACACUGAUAUUCGAUAUGCACAGCUAAACCAAAAUAUAAGUACAAUUACUGGUCGUAACAAAAGGGCACUUUGGAGUUCAGAUUCACAAUUCAAUAGAACUACAGCGGGGGGGGGGGGGCGGGGGGGGGGUUUCUCCCACCUGGUCUUGGAAUCACAAUUUUGUCAGCCUCACUAUGCUUUAAUCUCCUCAUUCUAUUACUGAUGAGAUAUUCUGAUAUAAUUAUGGUAUAGAUUUAAUAUUUGGGAAGAAUGAUGGUAUUUGGUCAGAAAAUGGUUAUUACAUCUAUUUCAGUUAGUCUACCCGGAAGGUUGUUUGUUGAUGAGACUUGAGUUUGCCGUCAAAUACGAAAUGAUAAAUUACUGACAUGAAUAAUAAACUCAAUGCAUCUUCUAUGUCGGCUUGCAUGUUCACUCUUUUGAUGUAUGCCUUUGAGUUUUGGCUGAAUUUGUCAAUCAUUUUAUGUAAAUGUCCCAUAACAAGAACAGGAAAAACCUUUUGAAAGUUCAGCCGUGUGACCCUUUGUUUUUUUCUUACCCUGUCAUCUUUUGAAACAAUUAGCUAAGGUUUCUAAGCUAUUGAGUAGAAUUGUUAUUGGCUCCACAGAUAUGAAAUGUAAUUUUUCUUUUAAGCCACUGAAAUAAAUACAAAUAACAUCUGUACGUGUGCAUUUACGGAGAAACGUGGUCCCUAGUAACCAAGCCAUUCAAUGAAUGUGCUAAAUAUUGAAUCAAUAUGGAUUUCUUUUUUAACCAUUCAGCAAAAUGUGUACAAGUGCUGCCCACAAUUCUGAACAGUGAUCAUUCAGCAAUCGACUUGUAGUGUAAUUUUAUACUUUAAAUAGAUACUUUUUCUGCAAAACUUCUGUUCUACAUGAGUACUCUGCAGUAUUGUGAUGCGUUUUCUUGUCUCUUUUUCAUUUUGCAUGUAUCUUAUUGUCACGAUUAUUGACUGAUCCACUUUCAAUUAUUAAACAAUAAAACGUUUUUGAUUUUCUUAA